AUGGCGACGGAGAGCCUGACCACGUGGGCGGGGCUGACGCCCACCUGGGCGGGGGCGACAGAGGGGGCCACGGCCGGCGGGGAGGCGGAGCUUCUGCGGCCGGUGGGGGCGGGGGUGUGCCAGAGCCCGGGGGGGCGCCACCGCGUGGUUCCAUCGGUGGUCUGCGCUGUGGGGGUCCUGUUCGGCAUCGUGUACUGCUUCUUCGGGUACCGCUGCUUCAAGGCGGUGAUGUUCCUGACCGGGCUGCUCUUCGGCUCGGCGGUGGUCUUCCUCCUGUGCGUGCGCCAGCCCCUCCCGGACAGCGCCCUGGGGCCGGAGGCGGCGGUGGGGGUGGCGGUGGGGGCGGGGCUGCUGUGCGGCCUGGUGGCCAUGCUGGUGCGCAGCGUGGGCCUGUUCCUGGUGGGGCUGCUCCUCGGCCUGCUGCUGGCCCUCGCCCUGCUGGUGGGGCUGGAGGAGCUGUCCUCCGCCCCCCCGCGCUCCGUCUGGGCCCCGCUGGGGCUCCUGCUGGGCUCGGGGACGCUCUGCGCCGUGCUCACGCUACAGUGGCCCCGCCUCUUCACCACGCUGAGCACGGCCUGCUUCGGCGCCGCCGCCAUCACCGUGGCGAUGGACUACUUUGCGGAGCUGCUGGGGCUGGUCCUGUACGUGGUGGAGCGGCUGAAGGCGGCGCCCCGGGACGCCCCCGUCUGCUGGGUCACCUGGGCCGCGCUGGGGGUCUGGGGGGCGCUGGCCGCGCUGGGGGUCCUGGUGCAGUGGAAGGUGACCGCAGAGGGGUACUCGCACACCAAGGUUAUCAUCUCUCGUCACCAGAGGCACAUGCAGGUGCUCCGGAUCCGUCAGCGCGACGACCGCGGCCGCUCCGCCCGGGGCGCCCGCGCCAAGAAGAAGAAGAACCCGGUCGCCGCGGCGGCGGGCGCCCCCGGCAACAAGGCCUCGCCGGCCGAGCCCGCCUACCGCCGCAAGCCCCACCCCAUUCGGCGCUACGACGGGGACGUGCUGUCACCGAGCUACAUCCAGAACUUCCGUGAGCGGCAGGUGGAGGUGGAGGUGUGUGGAGACGAGCCCUCCACCUCCAGCGGCCCCCCCAGCCUGCCCAUGAUGGGGAGUGGUCCACUUAACCCCCGGCCAAUCAGCAGCGGUCCACUCAACUCUCGCCCAAUAGGCAGCGGCCCACUUAGCAAUCGACCAAUGAGCAGCGGCCCACUAAGCUCUAGACCAAUGAGCAGCGGCCCACUUAGCUCUCGACCAAUGAGCAGCGGCCCACUCAGCUCUCGACCAAUCAGCAGUGGUGGUCCACUUAACAGCCGACCAAUGAGCAGCGGUCCACUUAGCAAUCGACCAAUGAGCAGCAGCGGCCCCCACAACCAUCCCCUGUUAGGCAGCGGGCCCCAGAGUUCCAGACCAAUUAGCAGUGGUCCAAUUAACUCCAGACCAAUUAGCAGCGGUCCGAUUAACUCCAGACCAAUUAGCAGCGGUCCACUCAGCAAUCGACCAAUGAGCAGCAGCGGGCCCCAUAACUCCCGCCCUACGAGCAGCAGUGGCCCCCACAAUGGCCCCCCGCAGGGCAGCGGGCCCCACAGUGGCCGGCCGACCAGCAGUGGCCCCGCCAACGCCCGCCCCACCAGCUCCGGGGGCCCCCACUUUGCCCGGCCCCCGGGGGGCCCCCAUGCGGCCGUGGACCUGGGCUACGACUACGGCUCCCAGGCCGAGGCUGUGGGGCCCCUGCUCCGGAUCUGA